UACCUUGAUGGCAUAAGCUCCUUCAUAUCCCUGGGUUUGUGGGCUGUGGGGACCCUUCAUAGCACGGCGACCAUGUCCAUACAGAGGGUAACUACGGUUUGUGUGUGCUCCGGCACAUGCACCGUCUCAAUAUUUUCCAGUCCUGCCACGGCCACUCUGGCUGGGCAGGCCUUACUUUUUGCUCUUCCACCCUCCUAACCCUAACCCUACACAUUUCCAAAAUGAGAAGUGACAUCGUCAUAAGGUCUUUGGUGUAGACUCCGAUUCAAAAGAUUCUACUACAAGACAUGUCACAUUGUUUUUCAGCCUGGAAUGUCAAAUGUCGAUUUACUCUUCAGGAGCACGAUCUGGCGCAAUCUCGGAUAAUAUUGUUAUGCUCCAUGUGCUAAGGCACUCAGGCUAUCACACGAUAUACCUUGUGAUUACGGGCACUCAGGUCACGUCCCUUCGUUCUGCUCGUCCACCAUGGGCCCCAUAAUCCGACCCGCCACCAAGGGUGACCAGCCUGCCCUCUCCAACAUUUGCUUGCUCACCGCCAACGCGGGCACAUCAUCCAAGGACUUACACUCCCAUCCAGCACUCCCAGGCCUGAUUUACUCCCUUCCCUACGUGCACCUUGAAUCAACCUGGGGCUUCGUGCUUGAGGACGAUGGAGAAGUCGUGGGGUACACUCUCGGCGCAUUCGAUACGCGCAAAUUCGAGGAGAGUGCAGACGCGGACUGGUGGCCCUUACUCAAAGCGCGUUACGGGCCCCUGCUACAAAAUCCUGACGCAGCGCUCACAGCUGCGGAUAGGAUCUAUAUCAACACGAUCAUGACAAUUCCCAGAGCAAGUGAUGCACAGAUGGCAUUCGCACCUGCGCACCUGCACAUCGACAUCCUGCCGAGCUAUCAGCGGCAGGGAUGGGGGCGGAAAUUGAUUGGACGGGCGAUGGCGAAUUUGAAAGAAAAUGGGAUAAAGAGUGUUUGGUUGGGCAUGGAUCCGAAGAAUAAGGAGGCGGCGGCGUUUUAUGGGCGAUUGGGUUUCAAGAAGGUGGAUGGAGCGCAGGAGGGCAUCAUGGGUAUCACGGUGCAACAAUGGGAGGAGUACGCUGUUUAAGUUGCAAUUGCGAAUAAAGAACGGGUUCUUGAUGAUGCUGGGGCACUCCUCGUCAAACAUUCCAAUUGUGAAACACUGGCAGCUGGACCAGAUGCGGUGAGCUGGAUGCCAGGAGUUCAAAGUGCUGGCGCUGAUUGCGUCCCGUCGUUGAUUGAUCGAAGAAACAGCCUAGCACUAUGUGCUCACUAGUGCAAAUAUUAUGUUCAUUGUGUCCAGUGAGCAUACUACUGACACCAGGACUCACUUUACGUGUCAGCCAGUUCCAUACCUGUUCUCGAUGCUCACAGUGCCUAUCGUAAGUCACGGAUUUGAUCGUGAUGAGUCCCUGUGCUUCGUGUAGUUAUUCGAGAGACGUGCGAAUUGCGCACGAAAUUCACUGUGCACACCCAACCACUUGUAUCGUCCGUACC